CAGCACAAGAAAUUUGCCAGGUGGACAUCAAGCUGUUUCAGCGUCUUUUCUAAAAUGGAUUACUCCUCUGCCACUUGUCUGAGCAUUUUCUUAUGCAGGAGAAUAAAUGAUAAUUAAAAUGUGCAGGAUGAAAAGAUGGAGCCAGUGCUUGUACCACCAGGACCUGACAGCUUCCACUACUUCACUAGAGAGUCUCUUGCAGCUAUUGAACAACGCAUUGCUGCAGAAAAGGCUAAACAGUCCAAGCAAGAUCGUAAAGACGACAACGAUGAAAAUGGCCCAAAGCACAACAGUGACUUGGAGGCAGGAAAGUCACUCCCAUUUAUUUAUGGAGACAUACCUCCAGGAAUGGUGUCCGAGCCCUUGGAGGACCUGGACCCAUACUACAUCAAUAAAAAAACUUUUAUAGUAUUGAAUAAAGGGAAGGCAAUCUUCCGAUUCAGUGCCACCUCAGCCCUUUACAUUUUAACUCCCUUCAAUCCUCUUAGAAAAAUAGCUAUUAAAAUUUUGGUACAUUCAUUAUUCAGCAUGCUUAUUAUGUGCACCAUUUUGACCAAUUGUGUAUUUAUGACCAUGAGUAACCCCCCGGAUUGGACAAAGAAUGUAGAGUACACCUUUACAGGAAUAUAUACAUUUGAAUCACUUAUAAAAAUUAUUGCGAGGGGUUUUUGUUUAGAAGCGUUUACUUUCCUUCGAGACCCAUGGAACUGGCUUGAUUUCACUGUCAUUACCUUUGCGUAUAUAACAGAAUUUGUAAACCUAGGCAAUGUUUCAGCUCUUCGAACUUUCAGAGUAUUGAGAGCUUUGAAAACUAUUUCUGUAAUCCCAGGCUUGAAGACUAUCGUGGGAGCCCUAAUUCAGUCUGUGAAGAAGCUCUCAGAUGUAAUGAUCCUCACUGUGUUUUGUCUGAGUGUAUUUGCACUAAUAGGGCUGCAGCUGUUCAUGGGCAACUUGAGGAAUAAAUGUUUGCAGUGGCCUCCAGAAAAUUUUACUUUGGAAACAAAUAUUACUUCACUGUUAAAUAGCACAAUAGGUGAAAAUGAUACGCUUGUUAAUACCACAGUGACUGAAUUUGACUGGAAGGGGUACAUUGAUGAUGAAAGACAUUUUUACUUUCUGGAAGGGCAGAAUGAUGCGCUGCUUUGUGGAAAUAGCUCAGAUGCUGGUCAGUGUCCAGAAGGAUAUGUGUGUGUAAAAGCUGGUAGGAAUCCUAAUUAUGGCUACACAAGCUUUGACACCUUCAGCUGGGCAUUUUUGUCUCUGUUUCGACUGAUGACUCAAGACUUCUGGGAAAACCUUUAUCAGCUGACCCUACGAGCUGCUGGCAAAACAUAUAUGAUAUUUUUUGUUCUGGUGAUUUUCCUGGGCUCUUUCUAUUUGAUUAACUUGAUACUGGCUGUUGUUGCCAUGGCCUAUGAUGAACAGAAUCAAGCAACCCAAGAAGAAGCAGAACAGAAAGAGGCUGAAUUUCAGCAGAUGCUCGAGCAGCUGAAAAAGCAACAAGAAGCAGUUCAGCAGGCAGCAGCGGCAGCAGCAGCAGCAUCAGCAGAGUCAAGAGAACCUAGUGCAGAAGGCGGACUAGGAGGACUCUCAGAAAGUUCUUCUGAAGCAUCAAAGCUGAGUUCAAAGAGCGCUAAAGAGAGGAGAAAUAGAAGAAAGAAAAGGAAGCAGAAAGAGCAAUCUGGAGGAGAGGAGAAAGAUGAGGAUGAAUUUCACAAAUCUGAAUCAGAAGACAGCAUCAGAAGGAAAGGUUUCAGAUUCUCUAUUGAAGGGAACAGACUGACAUAUGAAAAGAAAUAUUCUUCUCCCCACCAGUCUUUAUUGAGCAUUCGUGGCUCCCUUUUUUCUCCAAGGCGUAAUAGUAGAACAAGUCUUUUCAGCUUCAGAGGCCGAGCAAAGGAUAUAGGAUCAGAAAAUGACUUUGCUGACGAUGAACACAGCACUUUUGAAGACAAUGACAGCAGAAGAGAUUCUCUUUUUGUGCCACGUAGACCUGGUGAACGACGCAACAGUAACAUAAGUCAGGCCAGUAGGUCAUCCAGGAUGCUGGCAGUGUUUCCAAUGAAUGGGAAGAUGCACAGUACAGUCGAUUGCAAUGGGGUGGUUUCCCUGGUUGGUGGACCAUCUGUUCCUACAUCGCCUGUUGGACAACUUCUGCCAGAGGUGAUAAUAGAUAAACCAGCUACUGAUGACAAUGGCACUACUACAGAAACAGAAAUGAAAAAGAGAAGAUCAAAUUCUUUUAAUGUUUCUAUGGAUUUUCUGGAAGAUCCAGCUUUAAGAGAAAGAGCCAUGAGUAUAGCUAGCAUACUUACAAACACUAUGGAAGAGCUUGAAGAAUCACGACAGAAAUGCCCACCGUGCUGGUACAAAUUUGCAAACAUUUUCUUGAUUUGGGACUGCAGUCCUUAUUGGUUAAAAGUAAAACGUAUAGUCAAUUUAAUUGUGAUGGACCCAUUUGUUGAUCUGGCUAUUACUAUUUGCAUUGUUUUAAAUACAUUAUUUAUGGCCAUGGAACACUAUCCAAUGACACCAGAAUUCAAUCAUGUGCUUUCUGUUGGAAACCUGGUCUUCACUGGGAUCUUCACAGCAGAAAUGUUUCUCAAGAUAGUUGCUAUGGACCCUUAUUAUUAUUUCCAAGAAGGCUGGAAUAUUUUUGAUGGGUUUAUUGUAACCCUUAGUUUGAUUGAACUUGGUCUUGCAAAUGUGGAAGGACUGUCCGUUCUUCGAUCAUUCAGAUUGUUACGAGUUUUCAAACUGGCAAAAUCUUGGCCAACACUAAAUAUGUUGAUAAAGAUCAUUGGUAACUCAGUAGGAGCCUUGGGGAAUUUGACCUUGGUGCUCGCCAUCAUUGUCUUCAUUUUUGCUGUGGUUGGUAUGCAGCUGUUUGGUAAAAACUACAAGGAAUGUGUCUGCAAAAUCGCAAGUGACUGUGUACUUCCACGCUGGCACAUGCAAGACUUCUUCCACUCUUUUUUGAUUGUGUUUCGGGUUCUGUGUGGAGAAUGGAUAGAGACCAUGUGGGACUGUAUGGAAGUUGCAGGCCAAGCUAUGUGCCUUACUGUCUUCAUGAUGGUCAUGGUGAUUGGAAACUUAGUGGUAUUGAACCUAUUUUUGGCCUUGCUGUUGAGUUCAUUUAGUGCAGAUAACCUUGCUGCCACAGAUGAUGAUAAUGAAAUGAAUAAUCUCCAGAUUGCUGUAGCAAGAAUGCAGAAGGGAGUAGAUUAUGUGAAAAGAAAAGUCCAUGAAUUCAUCCAAAAAUCUUUUGUUAAAAAACAAAAAGCUUUAGAAGAAAUCAAACCACUUGAAGAUUUAAACAACAAGAAGAACAGCUGCAUUUCUAACCACAUGACAGCAGAAAUAAGCAAAGACCAUGAUUAUCUUAGAGAUGGGAAUGGAACCACGAGUGGCAUAGGCACAGGCAGCAGUGUGGAAAAAUACAUCAUUGAUGAAAGUGAUUACAUGUCAUUCAUAAACAACCCAAGUCUCACUGUGACGGUACCCAUUGCUGUCGGGGAGUCGGAUUUUGAAAAUUUAAAUACAGAAGAGUUUAGCAGUGAAGAUCAGUCAGAUCUGGAAGAAAGCAAAGAGAAGUUAAAUUUGUCCAGUUCAUCUGAAGGUAGCACAGUUGAUAUUGGACUUCCAGCAGAAGAACAGCCAGAAAUUGAACCUGAAGAAGCCAUGGAGCCAGAAGCCUGUUUUACAGAAGACUGUGUACGAAGGUUUAAAUGCUGUCAAGUCAGUGUAGAAGAUGGGAGAGGAAAACAAUGGUGGAGCCUUAGGAAAACAUGCUUCAGGAUAGUUGAACACAACUGGUUUGAGACCUUCAUUGUCUUUAUGAUUCUCCUUAGUAGUGGUGCUCUGGCUUUUGAAGAUAUAUAUAUUGAACAGCGCAAGACAAUCAAGACUAUGCUGGAAUAUGCUGACAAAGUCUUCACUUAUAUUUUCAUUUUGGAAAUGCUGCUAAAAUGGGUGGCCUAUGGUUAUCAAACAUACUUUACUAAUGCCUGGUGUUGGCUGGACUUCCUCAUUGUUGAUGUUUCCUUGGUUAGCUUAACAGCAAAUGCAUUGGGUUACUCGGAACUUGGUGCCAUUAAGUCCCUUAGGACCCUAAGAGCUUUGAGACCACUAAGAGCUUUGUCACGAUUUGAGGGGAUGAGGGUGGUUGUGAAUGCCCUUUUAGGAGCAAUUCCAUCCAUCAUGAACGUGCUUCUCGUUUGUCUUAUAUUCUGGCUAAUUUUCAGCAUCAUGGGAGUAAAUCUGUUUGCUGGGAAGUUCUACUACUGUGUUAACACCACAACUGAUGAAAGGUUUGAAGUCGAAGUAAUCAACAAUUAUAGUCAGUGCCGGGAACUCAUAGACGCCAAUCAAAGUGCUCGAUGGAAAAAUGUGAAAGUAAACUUUGAUAAUGUAGGAUUUGGGUAUCUUUCUUUACUUCAAGUAGCUACAUUUAAAGGAUGGAUGGACAUUAUGUAUGCAGCUGUCGAUUCAAGAAACGUAUUGGACCAACCUAAGUAUGAAGACAACCUAUACAUGUAUCUUUAUUUUGUCAUUUUUAUCAUUUUUGGGUCAUUUUUUACCCUGAAUCUGUUCAUUGGUGUCAUCAUUGAUAACUUCAACCAGCAAAAAAAGAAGUUUGGAGGUCAAGACAUCUUUAUGACAGAAGAACAGAAGAAAUACUACAAUGCAAUGAAAAAACUGGGAUCCAAAAAACCACAAAAACCUAUACCACGACCAGGGAACAAGUUCCAAGGCAUGGUCUUUGAUUUUGUGACUCAACAAGUAUUUGAUAUCACCAUCAUGAUUCUUAUCUGCCUUAAUAUGGUCACCAUGAUGGUAGAAACAGAUGAUCAGAGUAAAGAGAUGGAAAAUAUUUUACAGAGGAUUAACCUAGUGUUUAUUGUCCUUUUUACUGGAGAAUGUGUCCUGAAAAUGAUCUCACUCCGCUAUUACUACUUCACCAUAGGAUGGAAUAUUUUUGAUUUUGUAGUUGUCAUUCUCUCCAUAGUUGGUAUGUUUCUAUCUGAGUUGAUUGAAAAAUAUUUUGUGUCCCCCACCUUGUUCAGAGUCAUCCGACUCGCCAGAAUUGGUCGAAUCCUGCGACUCAUUAAAGGGGCUAAAGGGAUCCGCACUCUGCUCUUUGCUUUGAUGAUGUCUCUUCCUGCUUUGUUUAACAUUGGCCUCCUGCUCUUCCUGGUCAUGUUUAUCUAUGCCAUAUUUGGAAUGUCCAACUUUGCCUAUGUUAAGAGGGAAGCUGGGAUUGAUGACAUGUUCAACUUUGAAACUUUUGGCAACAGCAUGAUCUGCCUAUUUCAAAUUACCACAUCUGCUGGUUGGGAUGGCUUGUUAGCACCAAUUCUUAACAGUGGGGAACCAGACUGUGACCCAUAUAGAGUUCACCCUGGAAGCUCCGUUAAAGGAGACUGUGGUAACCCUUCAGUUGGGAUUUUCUUUUUUGUCAGUUACAUUAUCAUAUCAUUUCUAGUUGUAGUAAACAUGUAUAUUGCUGUAAUUUUGGAGAACUUUGGUGUUGCAACUGAAGAAAGUGCUGAACCUUUAAGUGAGGAUGACUUUGAGAUGUUCUAUGAGGUUUGGGAAAAGUUUGAUCCAGAUGCAACUCAGUUCAUGGAAUUUGAGAAGCUAUCUGAGUUUGCAGCUGCACUUGAGCCACCUCUUCAUUUACCAAAGCCUAACAAAGUCCAGCUUAUUGCAAUGGAUAUGCCCAUGGUAAGUGGUGACAGAAUUCAUUGCCUGGACAUCUUGUUUGCUUUUACAAAGCGUGUUUUGGGUGAAAGUGGAGAGAUGGAUGCACUUCGAAUACAAAUGGAAGAUCGGUUUAUGGCAGCCAAUCCUUCCAAAGCCUCUUAUGAACCAAUUACAACCACAUUAAAACGUAAACAGGAAGAAGUAUCUGCUUCCAUUAUUCAGCGUGCUUUCAGACGUCACCUUUUAAAACAAACAGUAAAACAGGCUUCAUUUAUAUAUAACAAAAAUAAAAAUGAAGGAGGGGCUGGUCUGUGUAUUAAAGAUGAAAUUCUCAUUGACAAGUUGAAUGAAAACUCAUUUACAGAGAAAACAGACAUGACCACCUCAACAGCUAUUUGUCCACCUUCUUACGAUCGUGUGACAAGGCCAGUCAAAGAAAAAUAUGAACAUGAAGACAAAGACGUCCAGGAGAAGGAAAAGUAAAAUGCAAUCAAAAAAUCUGUUUGUCUGAAAAACUGUUUACAACCUGUGAAGGUGUGGUAGAUUUGUGUCAACAGGACUCCCGUAGGAGGUCUAUGCCAAACAGACAGUUUUUACGAAUAAACUGUAUAUUUAAGGUCAGUGCCUAUAACAAGACAGUGGCCCCUCGUCAGUAAACUGUGACUGUAGUAUAGGGAAACAACUUUGACAGGUGGUUACUGUUACUACCAGCUGACACUGCUGAAAAGGAGAGAAAAAAUGGCUACUCAGACUGUAGGGACCAGUUAAAAGGGGUGUAAACCAAUAAAUUCUGUGUUUAACAUAAAACACUUAGUACAGUAACUGUAUCCACUGUUUGCAUUUCAACUGCCACAUUUGUCAUAUUUUUACAAAAUCUAUGUUGGUGGAUUCAUCUUUUUUUUAUUCAUAUGUUGUUUAUUAUAUGUGACUAUUUUUGUAAAUGGGGUUUGUGUUGGGGUAGGGGGUUAACUACUACUUUACAGGUAUGAGGACCAGGUGUUCUAGUAUAUGACUCUAAUAUACACACAGAAAUGAUUUGCAUGAAGGCAUGCUGCACUUAUAGAUCAUGCAUGAAAAAACAUUAAGUCACAAAGAAUAAGAUUUUUAACUUCUUGGUGUUUCUGGGAGGGAGUAAUACAUUUUGAGGUGCUUAAUUAAUGUAUUCAUGUUAUGUCACAUCCAAACAAGUCUUUAUAUGCCUGUAAAGUCCCCUGUGAUCCACAAGAACAGAACGGAUGGAUAUUUUUUUACACAGACCAUUAAAUCUCAGCAAGUGCAAACUUCUUUCUAAGGUCUGAAGUCAUAGAUUUUGUCUCUUUGUCAGAUGUUUUUUCUGUAUGAAAAUAUUACAUGAAUCUGCCCUAGAACAUAAAUUGACCAAAAAAGAACCCUUUAUCGAGUUGUUCUGCUUUAUCCUGCAGUAUUGUUUAGCCAUCUUCAGCUCUCAGUAAGGUUGACAUUGUAUGUUUAAUGAAAAGCUCUCUGUUCUGUAAAUAGCAAUUUUUAACAUGUGGUGCAUGUUUGAGCAAACCAGUAAUGAUCUGAGCACAUUUAUUGCAUCAAAUAUGUACCACAAUACAUGUAGUGUGCAAGCUUUCAACAGGUAAAAUUAUGUAUUCUCUACCAUUAUAGAUAGUUUGGAUGCUAUCAAUGCAUGUUUAUAUUGCCUAUGCUGCUGCUGUUUUGACUGUCCAGAAUUCUCAAAUAUGGGAAGCCAUACAUCAGAGGUAAUGUGAAACAAACUGUUCAACAAAACCUCAUUCCUUCAUAUCAUUAAGCAAUAGUUUGCAGCUAUUUACCUUUUUGUUUUCCAUUUUUAAACUUUAUGUGAAAAGCAUAGUGUAUAGCCAGACUGUACAGACACAUUGCAAACUGCUAAACCUGUUGAAAAUAAUGUGGUUAGAAUUUUAUAAGCAAAUAUAAAUACUGUAAAAAAUCAUUUUAUUUUAUUUUUCAGCAUUAUGUACAUAAAAUAAGAAAUGAAUUUUAUCUUCAGGUUGAAAUCACAGCCAUUUUUGUUACUUUCUGUCCAUAGUAAUUUUUUGUGGAAGAACUUCAGAGAAUAAGAAAUGAAAAAGAGAAUGGGUAGUUGUAGGGUUUUUUAUUUAUAUUUGCAAACAUUUCAGUUUGCAAUAAUAUAAUAGCUUCUGCUAAAUCCAGUCAGAAUUUGCUUGCUUCCAAAAAUCUAUAUUUUUGCAGUUGAAAGAGGAUGUAGGAUGUAAAGUUUUGUUUGAAUUUCUAGCAGUGCCUGCAUCAGAAGCUUUAAGAUAAAAUUUUCUUUCACAGAUUCCUUAAUCUUUUAUUUAUGUAGAUCCUUUUAUUCAUAUUAAUUCAUGCAUCAUUAGAAAUGCUAUAAAUAUUAAUCCAGGGUCCACAAUAUUUUUUCACGAAAAAAGUAGCAAAAUUGUAUAAUCAAACACAUCAGGACAUUUUACGUUUCUUACACAGGAAUAUUAAAUAUAGACUUCUUUUAUUAAAACUAUUGACUUAAACUGUAUUAGUGAACUGCAUGCAGGAAAAUGCUACUAUUACCCUAACUGAUGCUAAACAACAUUACUAAUGCGCCAAAAUAAUAAAAAUUACAUUUUUUUAUUGUA